UGGUAUAUAUCACAUUUUUUUAUAAUAUAAUACUUCCCGAGAAAACCACAUAUUCGUGGUACCACGGACACAUCGGUAUUCUAAUACCAUAACCACGUGCAAUACGUCUUGCGCCACCGAGUAAUCGGGUGAGAAGGAACAUUGUGCACUUGUAUCAUGGAAUGUCCGAAACCGUCGUUCCUCAUCAGAGACCUCAUCGGAGACGUUCUACAGACUUCUAAAUCUUCGGGUAAGAGAAUAUUUCAUUUUUUUUUCCUUAAAUCACUUCCGUCAAUUUACAAUAUGUUAUAGGUAAAUUAUCGUAUACACAAUAGUGACUAAGUCCGGCUCUAAAACGAAUAAUACACGAUAAGGUUUUUUUCACCACGUACCAACAAUCGAAUACCAUUUAUUAUGAAAACCCCUAGAAAAAUCAAAAGUCUCCUUAAAGUAGCACCCCACGAAAAUUUCCUUUCAGAACUUCUUUUACUUCGGAGCAAGAUUUCUGGUAGAAUUUUUGUACACAGUAUAAAAUAAUAAUAAUAAUAAAAUAAACAUCAUUAUAAAACUAAUACAUUCUUCACUCCGCUAAGGACCUCAAAAUAGUAACGAGUUACCAAGUUAAAAAAAAAAAAAAUAUCGAUAGAAAUUGUAUUCAGCUAUAUGAGUUCAACGUUUUAAAUUCAUUUAAUCAUAAUUUAUCAAUUAUACAAUAUUUUCUACAAAAAGUUAAGUGGAAAAGUUUUUCAUGGAUAGAAUAAAAAACAAAUUUUAUUAAAACCUGUGAAAUCAAUAUAUUUCUUUCUAUAAACACAAAAUCUAAAUAAGGAAAGUUAUGUUUUCUAUGAGGUAGAUAUCUGUAUAUAGUUUUGUAUCUUACCUAUGUUUUAUUGGUAAAUAAUAUUAUAUUUGUUAAUUAUACGAGAACUAUUAUGGGAUAUUUGGGACGAUUAAUAAGGUACACAAUCAAUCUCAUAGAAAUAUUUUACUGUAAUCUGUAUUCAUUAAUCUAUAACUUUACGAAACCAAGUAUAUAUAACAAAAUUCCAGAGGCGACCUUUUAUUUUUGAAAAAUAGCGCAAAAAAAUAUUCUUCAUAUUAUGUACAUAUAUUUUAUACCAAUUGUUACGGUUAGUAUUAAAACUUGGAUAAUGUCAAAUUUUUGUUUAGUAAACUUAAUUUUGUGCUAUUAAUUUUAACAUAAAAGUGAAUUCGAUUUUUUUUCUCGAUAUUCUAAUUAUUGUAGAUAAAAAUUAUAUAAAGUAUUAAAAUUUAAAAAUCGAAUCUCGCUAAAAAAUUUAAAUAACGAACAAACCGUCAGUUUUAUGUAGGCAUAAAAAAAAACCAACGUAUAAACUUAGGCAAUGUUCUUAUGUUUGAUAAUCUGCUAAUUCAUUCUAAUAUUAAAAGUUACAACACAAAACUGGAUUUAUUGAACAAAAAUUUAACAUUACCUAAUUUUCAACAUUAGUCGUAACAUAUAUAUAUAUAUAAUAGACAAUACAAAAUAAUAGACAAAAAUAAUCACGAUUCAUGAUAAAUGAUAAACAAAAAUUAUAAAAGUUUAUAACAAUCUUUUUGAUUUCCAGCUGGAUGCAAGUAAUAAUUUUGAUAAAAAUAGUUGUUUUUUUGUGAUUAUUUAAAAAAUAACCAUGCGUAGUUAUAUAUAAUUAUAUUAACAUAGAAGAUCUCCGGAGAUAAUUAAGAUAAUUAAAUUGUUUUUUUUUUUUAUUAAAAAAAUUUAAAAAUAAAUUCUAAUUUUAUUAUUUUUGGACAAUUUUAAAAUAGCCAUUCUGUAUAAUAUAUUUUUCUGAAAAUUUGAAUGUAUCACACAUUUAUAUACGAUUAAUAGUUUCUAAGUAACAGCCGUAAUUAAUUCAACUAAUCCGUGUGAAAACCGAUGUUAUCUAGGGAAUAACUUAACCGUGUUACACAAUACGAGUAAUAUAAAAAAAAAACAGAAUUUGAUUAUCUUUAUUAUUUCCGGAGAUAUCAGACAGCCUGUAUUAUACUAGCUGUACUACCCAGCUUCACCCGUGGACAGAUUUGUAGUGUAAAAUAUUUUUAAUGUUAUUUUAUAUUUCAAUUAGUUUUCUUUUCAUUCAUGUUACCAACCUUUAAAUUUGUUUUUAUUUUAUCUGUGUUACUAUGGUAAUCCUUAACAAUGUAUAUACUCUGUGCAAUAAAUAAAUAUUACAUUAAUAAUAUACUUUUAUGUACGUAUUUGACGAUUAUUUAAAAAAAUAAUAACUCAAUUGUUAAUAUGUAUUGACAAUGAAUUAUUAUUAUUAAUUAAUCCACUUGAACGCAAUAUUUUUUAAAUUAUUUCUUAUUGAACACUUAAAGUAUUAGAGGAAUUUCUAUUUCAGAUUUCAAGUUUGUAAAUUAUAAAUUAUAUAUAAACACACUAUUUAUAAAUAAUAACUUUAUUUUCAAACCUUCAGUCAAGGAGAAAAUUAUAAAUUUAUUUGGAUACAUAGAUUUGAAUUAUUAAUAUAAAAUGCAUUACUUAAUAAUAAAUUAUACAUUGUUUUAUUAAAUUUUUUUAGAUUCUGAAUAGAGUGAAAAAGCUUAUAGUUUUACAAAGAUAUUAAUUAUUAUUAUUAAUUUUUUAUCUGUGCGCCACUUUUCUAACAGAAAACAUCAUUAACAACCAGGGUUACUAGGUUAAUAUGAUAAGCGCUAAAUAAUAAUUCAAUAAUAAUUUUUAUUCUUAUCACUUUUUUAAUGAAGUAACCAAUUUUUUCAUUAAAUGGUUUGAUUUAAAUCUGGACACAAGUGGGUACACGUCCGCGAACCCCCUCCACUACACCACUGGUUAAAAUAUAUUUUGUUAAAUGUUUAUGAUCAUAAUUAUUAUUCAUAAUAAAUUUGACAAAUAAUAAAACACACAUAAAUGUAUAUAGUGUAUAUUGUAUAUAUUUCUAAUUUGCCAAUAUUAAAUUAGUGAGAGUAGCAUAAUAUGUAGGUUUUUGGUUUAAUUUUCUGUGGACCAAAAUUGUAUGUAACAAAAUAGUUAUACCUUACAUUUUAAGAAAUAGCUUUUUUCGCGAAAUUUCUAAAUAUGACCAUGUUGCAGCCACUGUUGUAGGUGGGUAGUGGAGAAGGUGGGAUACGAAGUUAUUUAAUUUAUAUCUGUAACCGAAGAUAAACCGUUGAUAACAAAAACGAUUCGGAGUCAAGUUCGGUUAUAUAAGCACGUUUUGAAAAGCCCUAAUAUUUAGGGUGUUCGUCAAAAUUUGAUUUUAAAAAUCUUAAAAAAAAAUUAAAACUACAUUAAACUCAAAUUUUUCUUAUUGAUCACUGUAUGUACAAACAAUAAUAAACCAGUUAUUAAAUUUCCAAGCAUUUAUUUUUGGUUUAACAAUAUUAUCCACAGAGAACCUACCAAAUAAAAAUUACGUAUAAAACUCGUAAAAUUAAAAUAUCAAUAGAAGCUCAAAAAUGUCUCAAAUAUUUUGAAAAUUUGAACACGUAUAUAAAAGUAAAUAUAAGUUUUCUGUUAAUAUUUUAAGUCACUACGAAUAUUUCAAACUGAAUUAUAUACAAAAAACUAACUUUAAAAUAAUAAAAGAAUAAUUUUCGUAAAUUUUACUGUUCUUUCUACAUUUUGUUUCAGUUUUGCUCAAUUAUUUAAAAAAGUACAAAAAAAAAAAAAAAAAAAAAAAAUCAAAAAACGACUUUCUUUGGUCACCAACUAGAUUAAACAAUCAAAAAAAAAGUUCUCUUAUCGUUUAUUUAUUGGAACAAUAUUUAUAGUAAAACACAUAAGCCAUACAAAUUUAAAAUAAUGUUGUACCAUAAUUUGAAAAAAAAAAAUCGUAUGUUUCUCUUUUUUUAAUUUUUCCAAAUUAUUAGGAAAACUACUUUAGAUAUCGAAAAUUGAGUUACUUUAAUCGAGGCAAAAUAUUAAGAGGAACCAAAUUGACCUCUUGUCAUUUUUGGAUUAGAGCAAUAUUUCUGGUAUAAAACAUCGCGUAAACAUAAAACAAUAAACACGGUAAUGCCACGGCAGGCCGUAAAUAUUUACUAUUUUACUUAUAAUUCUCUAUCUGGUUUUUGCCGAUUAAUUUAAAAACCCCUUGGAAAAUAAAAAAAUAACCUUCCUAAAUCCUAAUGCACCAACAAGUCUAUACUUCGGAGGAAGUUUUUUGGUAGAAGAGUUGUUCACAGAUACAAAAUGUAAAAUACACAUACAUGAUAAUAAAACCAAUGGAUCCCUCGCUACACUCUAAAAAUUAAGAAAGUAGUACUUGUAAUUGUUACUUGUCACUCAUACUAAUAUCUUACGAGUAAACAGAAAAAAUUGUACGAGUGCGAGUGGAAGUGGCAAGUGCGAGUAAAUAGAACCGAGGUCUAUUUACUAACGACAAGUAGCUACCCCCUCGGCACCUUUAUAACUAUUGUACUCACUUGCAACUACACUCACAACGUGUGAUCGCUAAGUGGUGCUAAUCAUCAUCACAAUUUCUUUACAUCAACUUAUUCUCAAUUUAAUUAUCACUUAUUGUAUGCAAGGUAGUUAGAAUACAUCUUAUAAUAUACUACCUUGUUACUAUCUACUACCGAUAUUACCUAAUAAGUUGUGUUGUACGUCUGACCACGUAGUUAUGUUGCAUGUUAAAAGCACUAGUGUGAGUUACAAGUACUCGCAUCGUGUAAACAAGACAUUAAGAAGGUGAGGAUUAUUUUUUCAUGCAUGCUUUUACCUGUCUGUAUUUCUUGUAAACAGUGUAUAAUUUUAAAGAAACAAUGCUACAAUUUUAAGGGGUAUGCUUCAUUAAUACUCAUAUUAGUUACCUAUAUGAUAUUUUAAGUAUUUAGAACGUUUUUAGCCCAAAGUAUUUAGAUUAACCAAAUCUAAUCUAAUCAUUUAUAUGUUUAUUAAAAAAAAAAGUUCUAAUUUUCAAUGACUAAUUUUAAAAAACACCUCCUAAAACUUUUUCCUGUGUGUGUCCCUGACGUAAUUCAGCCAUUAUGUUGUUUUCUAAAUAACUCCUAUAACAACUUAAUCUAACGCUAAUAUCAUUAAACUGUAUGCUCUUAAAAUAUAGAUAAAAAUUUGUAUAAAAAAAACAUUGGUUCGUUAAAUAAAUAAACAAUGAAAUUAUUAAUUAUACGUUUACUUAUUAUAUAGGUUAAAAAACUAGUUUAAAAGUUUAAUUUUAUUUUUAAUUGAGCUUUAAAUAGAACGCUUACUACAAAUACGGUCGUUAGUUAGAUAUUAUCUGAUGUUCGUGUUAGAGUUAGUCUGAUAUACUUUGUACACCCCCGUGUAAAUAUACGAGUGGUUUUGGCGAAUCGGACGUGCUCAAGAGGGUCGCCACAUGCGACAGACCAUUGAAUUAUCACGACAGUAAUUGCGUCCUUUUAUCUGCGCACAUACCUCAUGCUGGGCAGUAUGAAAAGACUUAAAACAACUUCCCUCCACAUUUGAUUUGUUCGUGUUUUUUCUCACUGAUAAUAAUUUGAAAUACGUUUUGUUAAAUAGGACGAGGGUAGUACGUAAAUAUUUGCAAUUAUAGUCAUACAAAUAGAAGUAUACCCCAAAAAUCAAUGAAAAAUACUCGAUAAUAAACUUAAACUACUAAAUCGACGUUACAUUGGGUGUAAAAUAUAUAUUGUUGACUGUAAUGUGUUUAAAAUACAUAAAUAUUAAGUACCUAAUUUAAUAUUAUUUAUAUUUUUAACGUGUAUUAUAUAAUAUACAAUAUAAUAAUGUAGAGUUUGGUAUAAAGAAGUUUUUUCUACUUUAUAGAAAAAAAUUAAUAUUUAAAUGCAUGCCAAGAUCAAAUUGUGCAAAAUAGUUGCUCGUUUACUACUAAAUUUUUGACUAAGCAAGUUUUAUUUAUAAAUUGAUAUAUUAUUUAAGUGGUAUAAUUUUAAAACAAUCGUGUGUUUAAACAAUUAUUAAAUAUGAAUAAAACUUUGUCAAAAAAUUAAGAAUUUAGACAAAAGUUACCCUAGCCUCACCAUCUUAAAUUGUCAAAAUUGUCUUUACGUUUAGUAUAGUACAGUAUUUUGGUAUGAAAUUAAUUGUUUUUUUCUUUGCACAGGCCUUGGCUCUUUUUCAAAUAUAUGUUUUUUAUAGUCGAUCAUUACUUUUUGUAAUGUUAAAUAACAUAAAUAUAAUUAUUAAAAAGAGCUGAUACUGGGAACGUAUGCGAUUAUUGUUGGGGGAUAGUUGGAAAGGUAGGAUAUAUAAAGUAAAUUAAUUUAUAUCUGUAACCAACGAUUGCUACCAUUGCUAAUGAAAAACGAUUCGGUGCGAAGUUCGUUUAUUCAUGUUUUGAAAGGCCGUAAUGUUUGCAAUUUUUGUCAACAUUUGAUACUAAAAUUCUUAUACAUUACACUCAAAUUUGUUUUGGCCACAAAGUAUGACUUAUAAUGAACUUCCUGUCAAAUUUUCAAGCAUUUAUAUUUAGUCGGAAAAUUUCAUCCACAGAGUAGCUACCUACAAACAAAAAUUACGUAAAAACUGGCAAAAUUAAAUUAUGUAAUAAUAACUCUAAUGUUUUUAAAUUUUUCCCACAUCUAAAAAGACAAAUAUAAGCUGUCUGUCAAAAUGUCAGAUCUCUACGAAUAUUCUAAACUGAAUUAAAAUAAAUAAAAUAUAAAAUAAUAAAAAAAUGAUUUUCGUACAUUUUCCUGUUCUUCUACGUAUUUUACAGUUUUGCUCAAUUAUUAAAAAUACUACAAAGAAAAUCAAAAAAACUUUCUUAUUCACAAACUAGAUUAAAAAUGCAACAAAAGAAAGUCUAUUGUUCUAUUGGAGAAAUAUUUGUGGUAGAUGAGUUGGCCACAGAUACAAAAAAUAAAAAAAAAACACAUCAUAUUAAAACUAAUAGAACCCUAACUAUACGCUCUGAAUCUAAAAAUGGACUUAGAUGCUUUUCCUGUAUACUGAACAUAUCCGUAGUUACAAAAUAAAUAAAUUAAUAAAUGUAUUUGUUAUCACAAACAAAGAAAACCGCUGACCAAGGGUAGAAGAUAAUAUAUUAUGCAAUAAUUAAUGUGAUUAGUGGUAAGCCGAGGAUUAAGGGUGAGACGAGAGUUGCAUCGAUUGGCAUUAAUUUAGUUUGGUUAACGCGAUGUGAGUGUUAACUAAGAUAAAAUUAAGAUCAUAGGUGAAAGCAGGGACAUACAUUAAAUUUAAUUUUGAUAGUAAAAUUUUGUUUUUGAAACGAUUUUUCAAAAUCGGUAACUUCAGGGCGUGCCGUAAAUAUUUGCCGUUUUAUCUAUAAUUUUCUUUUAGGUUUUUCCCAAUUAUUUCAAAAACCCUUCGGAAAAUCAAAAAAUGACCUAUUUAAUACACAUAUAUCUUUAUAUUAAGUUGGAAAAGUAAGGUGCAUAAAGGUAUUCAAUUUGUAACUGUAAGCUGCGGUAAACCAUUACUAACGAAAAACAAUUCUAAGCGAAGUUUGUUUAUACAUUAUAUAUAAGGCUGUAAUAUUUACGAUUUUCAUAUAGAUUCAUAUAGAUUAAUUUAUCUAUAUAAAAUAUAAUAAUAAUUCAUUACACUUGUUUACAUUUAUUUUUUGACGACUAUGUGCAACUUAAUAUAAAUCUGUUAAAUUUGCAUACAUUUCUGUUUGGUCAAACAAUUAUGUCUACAUAAUAUCUACUAAAUAAACACCACGUAAAAAAUACGGAAACAUAAAAUGCCUAUAAAUAGCUCGAAAAUUGCAAUUUUUUUUUUAAAUUUUAGCACGCCUAGAUAAGUAAAUAGAAGUUUUUUUUAUAAUUGAAUAUUACAAUAAAAAAAAAAAUUGUAAAUAAUGAAACCAUUAUUAUUUCCGUAAAAUUUCCCGCUCAAAUUUGUCAUUUUUCAUUUUAUGUCUUUUUUUGAUUUUACUAGAUUAUUAAGAGGUCUAGAGUGGAAAUUAAAAAAUGACAUAUAUCUGUAAUAAUUAGAAUGCAACAAAAAGUUAUUUUAUCAUGUACUUGGAUCAUUGAGUCUCCUUAACGGCACCUACAGUGCAUAUAUUAUUCAAAAGUAUCUGGAAAUUAAUUAAUUGUGUAUUUACCUUUUUAAAGAUGUGUCCAGCGACGAAUGUACCCCUGAUAUGGAUGACCGUACGUUGGUGGCAGUCAGUAAUUUCGCAGCGCUCCCGUUAUUGGUGCAAAAGCACCAUCAGCAUCACCAUCAUUAUCAGCAGCACCAAGAUAUGUUGGCUAGCAAGGCGUGUGGCCGGAAGGUACGACGCAGGAGAACGGCAUUCACGCAUGCACAAUUAGCCUACCUCGAGCGCAAAUUCCGUUCCCAAAAGUAUCUGUCUGUGGCCGACCGCAGUGAUGUGGCCGAAGCAUUGAACUUAUCCGAAACACAAGUCAAAACGUGGUAUCAGAAUCGAAGGUUUGUAGGUUAUUUACAGUAUAUUUAAUAUUUUAUCUAUUCUAUCUAUAUCCAGUGGCACCGAAACCAACAGUCCAUGGGUGGCGGUCGCCAUCCUUCUUUUAAUGGGUGGGUGGUAGUGGAUCCAUGAUGGGUAUCUGAGCCAUAUUUUUAUCGCAUUGGUACGUAUGGAAUAUUAAUUAACAGUGUUGUAUGGGUGUUUUGAAAUCGAGGGUGGUGGUUAACAAAUCUUUUUAUCGGCCCACCUUCUUAAAAUGGUUCAGCACCACUGUCUAUAUCUAUAUCUAGAAUGGGUAUUCUCACGGGGGGGAUAUAGAGAAUGGAUCCCCCUAUGGCCUUUAUUUUAGGUUAGUGGUCUCAAAAAUACGGCCCGCGGGCCAAAUGUGGCCCGCGUACCCUUUCCAUGUGGCCCGCAAUAAAAAUACAUUUUGAACAAAAAUAUACGAAAAAAUUGGAAAAACGUUAAUUUUAUUAUUAUCUGACUAAAUACAUAGAAUAUUAUCUGACGUCCAUAAUGUUUUAUUUUUACAUUAAUCGUUCAUAAAUCCCAUUGUCCAUAAUGUUUUAUUUUUACAUUAAUCGUUCAUAAAUCCCAUUAUACUCGAUAAAGUAUUUGAAAUGCGGUAAAUCUAAUAUCUACUAAUUAUUAAAUUAAAUUACUAAAUAAUUAAUUAUCUACUAUUAAUUAAAUUAUCUACUAAGAUAAAUAUAAUUUGUUUUUCGGCGUAAGUGCAGUAAUAGUGGGUAACAGUUUGACUGUGACCAGUGUUGUUUUGUUCGUAUUAGUAACCAGUUGCUAUUCAAGUGUAAUUUUAAAUUUAAGUUUAUAUGCGUAAUUUGUUCGUUUAAAUGUCUCAUAUCAAACCGAUGAAACGUAAAAUUGACCAAGAAAAAUGGGGCCAUGCAUACUUUUUUACUAAUUCUAAUUCUCUUCCAAUAUGUUUGAUCUGUAAACAAAGUGUAUCUGUCUUGAAGGAGUACAACAUUAAGAGACAUUAUAACGUAAAUCAUGGUAAAAUUUACGAUAAAUUUGUUGAUAAAUUACUACACAUUUAAAUAUUCUCAACCUACAAUUACAAGGAAAAAACAGUCAUCACAAAUAUGUACGACUCAAUUAAUUAAUUUACCAUGAAACUUCGAUUAUGGGAAACUCAAUUGUCAUUAAAUAACUUGGUACACUUUCCUACAUUAAAACAGUUAUCCACAGAUAGUAAUGAUAGUAAAAAAUACAUUUCACACAUUUUAUUACUAAAAAAUGAAUUUAUGAAUAGAUUUACAGAUUUUCAAAAGUAUAGAGAUGAUUUUCUACUUUUUAGUGAGCCAUUUUCUAUAAAUGCAGAGCAUGCGAGGGAAGAUUUACAACUCGAAUUAAUUGGUUUGCAAUGUAAUUCUGUUUUAAAAUCAAAAUUUGAAGCUGUUGGAGUUCCAGAAAUUUUUAAAUAUCUUGGAAACAGUUAUCCAAAAUUAAAGAAAAACUUUUCUAACAUUUUAUCCAUGUUCGUUAGCUCUUAUGUAUGUGAACAAUUAUUUUCUCUCAUGAAAUUAAACAAAUCGAAAAGUGGCAAUCAAAUUUCAAAUGUCAAAUUAUAAUCUGUUUUACAUUUGGCAUCAAGAAAUUCUUAUGCAAAUAUAGACAGAUGGUACAAAAGAAAAGAUGUCAAGUUUCAAGUGCAGCUCAAAAAUAAAAAUAAACAAAUAAUUAAGAUAUUCUUAGAUUUUAAUUCUAAUUAUUUUUUUAAGUUAAUGUUCAUCACAUUUUUUCAAUGAUAAUUUUGUAGUAAUAAUAAGUGAAAUAAACAACUUUGUUUAUAUUUUUAUAAAUAAUUUUGGUAAUAGUAAUUAUAAUGAAAGUAAUUUCAUAAUACAUUAAGUAAUUUAGAAUAUUUUAGAUAAAUGGAUUUGUUGGAUAAAUGGAUGGUUUUGUUGUUAUUAUCUAUCUUUUUUGAGAAAAAUAUAGAAAGUGAUUUUUAGAAACUUCUUAAUGGAUUAACAUUGUUGGCCGUCCAUAAAGAAGUCCCAAUUAAUCCCGAAGAUGAUCUUGAUGAAAUGGCUUAAAAAUCAAGAGUAAUUGUAAAUUUGUAAAUUCAAUAAUUUAAUCAAAAAUAUAAUAUACUAUAAUUUACUGUAUAUUGUUUUUAUAUAUGAAGAGGGGUGUGGGGGCUUUGCCCCAUGGCACACUUUUUAAUACAUUUCCAUAUCCCCCCAAUAAAAAAUCCUGAGAACGCCUCUAAUAUCCUAGAUAAUAUCUAGGUUUAUAUUAUUAUAUAAAGAAGAAGCAGAAUCCUAUACUUUGUCUGUACACGGUAUUCACCAAUAAAUUGGCCUUGUCUUAGAAGAAGUUUAAAUGUAUAAUACGUCUUAGACAAUUAAUAGGUUGACAAUAAUCAAAAACGUAUAUUAAAUGCUGUAUCACUAUUUAAAUAGUCAAAAUAUACACCGCACAUUGUAAACAUGUAGGCGUGGUAGGUAAUAAAAAUCUGUUUUCUACCUAAAUAGUGAUUUUCACUUAAACAUUGCAUUUUUGGGUUACAUUGGUGGAAAAGAUGAAAUAAAUAAAAAAAGAUCAGAUACCAAUAAUGUAGAUGGGAAGCCAGGAAAGUAAUAUACAUAAAGUUAUUCCAUUUAUAUCUGUAUAUACGAUAAACCAUUGCCAACGAAAAGUCUGCACAACUAAUCGAGGGAUGUUUGUCAAUUAAAAUAGUCCGAGCUAGCGAUAGCUAGAUCUCCUAAAAUGCAUUUCUUUUUUCUCUGAAAAAAUAAGUGCAAACAAUUUUUUUACGGAACACGGGUUUGAACUCGUGAACUCCAAGAACAUUUGGCUACGACAAACAUACCUAUACUCGCAUAAUAUCAGAACUUCAAAAAGCUAUAAUUUCGAAACUAAGUCAGUCCUUUCAAUUCUGACUUCACCACCGUUAUUAAGUCAGCAAUAGGUUUACAUGUUCAAAAAAAUUAAAUAAAUUAGAUUUGUUCUACAUAAUUUUUCGUCAAAAUUUGUUAUUCAAAUUUCUUUAGAAAAAAAAAAUACUACAUUAAACUCAAAUUUUUGUUUUGACCACAAAGUAAGACUCUUAAUGAACCUUCUGUUAAAUUUUCAAGCAUUUCUCUUAAUUAUAACAUUUUUAACACUAAGUACCUCCCGAAUAAAAACUACGUACAAAACUCGUAAAAUUAAAAUAUCAAUAAAUAGCUCAAAAAUGGCUUAAUUUUUUUGAAAAUUUGACCACGUCUAGAAAAGGCAAAUAUAAUUUUUUUUUAAUGUCAAGUCUCUACGAAUAUUUUCAAUUAAAUUACAACAAAUAACAAAAAGUAAAAAUAAUAAAAGCAUUAUUAUUAUUUUCAUGAAUUUCUCGAUUUUCUUAAAUUUCAUUCUGGUUUUUCCCAGAUAUUAUGAAAACCACUUAAAAAAUCAAAAAAAUGACCUCCCAAAAGUACCAUCUGAAUAAUUCAAUAACCUUUCAGAAAUGAGUUCGUACGUAUAUAUCUGAGUAAGAUUUCUGGUAGAAGUUUUGUACACAAUAUAAAAAUAUAAACAUCUUGGUAAAACUAAUACAUUCUUCGUUACACAUAGAAUCUAAAAUAAAUUUAAUAUAAAAGAUGCUGAUACUGGGAAUGGGAGCGGCCACUGUUGUAGAUGAGAAAUUGGGAAGGUAAGAUAUUUAAGGUCAUUUCAUUUAUAUGUGUAAGCAACAAUAAACCAUUGCUUGACGAAAGACGAUUCUGAACUCAGUUCGGUUAUUCAUAAUUUUUGCGACUUUUGUUUAAAUUUGAUUUCAAAACGCUUAUUAAAAAAAAAAAAAGUCUGGUAAUUUUGGAAAUUUUACCACGUCUGGGCAAGUCCAAUAUAAGUAUUACUGACAAGUUUCAAGUCUCAACAUGUAUUUAUAGUUAAAUUACAGAAAAUAAAUCAAAAAUGUGUCUUGUGAUUUUUCGAUUAAAUAAUUUUUUUCUGUAAGUAAGUCUAAGUAAGUCUAUCCAAGUAAGUCCAAUAUAAGUAUUAUUAUCAAACUUCGAGUCUUUACGUGUAUUUACAACUGUAUUACAGCAAAAAACUCCCAAAAAUUAAAAUUCCUUAAAUGCUCAAAUGGCUCAAAAGUUUUAACUACGAUACCGUAAGAAAGUAAAUCAAAAAGGUGUUUUGUGAUUUUUUGAUUAAAUCAUUUCUUCUGGUAGAAAACGUCGUCCGUAUUUUCAUAAAAUAAUUGAGUCAUGAAAUUGUACGAUUUCCUACGUUUUUUCCACUGAAGUGCUUUUAUUUAAAAAAUAACGUCAAAAAUCAAAAAAAUUACAUAUUUAAAGUACCAUCUAGAUAACUUGAUAAAAUUUAUUUUUUUUUUUGGAUUUUCUGGUGAAUAAGUGAAUUCAGUAACUAUAUAAGAAUAAUUCAAGCAUUGAAGAAGUUCGUUUUCUAUAUUUAAUUAAUAGAAAUAAUGCAUUUAAUCAAUUUGAUAUUGUGGUAGACCUCAUAGAAUCAUAGAACAUGAUAAGAUAAAACCGAUAAGAAUAAUUAUUUACAGUGUCCGUGUCCUAUUCCUACAUAAUAUAAGCCGUCGGCAGCCGCAGACUUCAAACACCAUCUAUGAAGAUAUAACUCAACUAACAUUGGUUUACAUUUUUUUUUUUAAUGGCAGAAGACAAAUAUUUGCGCUCCUUAUACAACUUAAAAUUAUGACACCCUUAGGCCCAGGCCUGCUUGACCUAUUCGUUAAUUUGCCCCUGCCUAUAACAGUGGCUGCACUUAUUUCUAUUAUCCUAGGAUAGCUUUUUUUUCGGUCUGUAAAGAACUUUUUCCUUAGAAUUCAUCCUCAAAACAUGACAAUAAACUUUGUUGCAUAUUGGCUGUAGUUGGUUCUUUAUAAUUUUAUAAUAUAAUGUAGAAUUUGGUUUUUAUAAUAAUAUAAUGUUUUUUAUAAAUUAGAAUUUUAAAUUUUGACUUAAAUCAUGAUCAAAUUCAUAAAAUCAAAUUUCAAAACCUGUAUAAUGGAAUUCCGCUCAGAAUCGUUUUUUUUUUUAGCAAUGAUUAAUAGUUGCGAAAAGAUAUACAUUCAAUUCUCCUUUAUAUCAGCUACUUUCCCAAUUUCUCAUAUACAACAAUGACCAAUCCAUCGUGCAAAAUAUGUCCGUCUCUUUGGUUAUCAUUUGUAAAUAGUCUAAAUGACCAAUUACCUAAAUACCAAUACCUAUGCCUUAAAAAUUAUUUAUUUAUUUGGUAUCUAUAUUAUGAAUAUUAGGUACGUAGGUAUUGAUUACUUUUUUUUGGUGUUUGAAUUGCAAUAAAUUAAUAAAUAACACCACCGUUUACGUUUUAGGACAAAGUGGAAACGUCAAAAUCAGUUGCGACUCGAUCAAUUGCGACAACAAUCUGUGGAACCACAAUCGGACGCGUCCACAGACUACGGACAGCAUAGUAAACAGCAGCAGCAACAGCACAGGCUGCUCGCCGAAGAACCUCAUCACAGCCACCAAGAGCACCGUGUGUUCAUGCCGGUGGCUGAUCCGGAAGCUGAAGCGUCGGCCACCACGUCGUCUUCAGCAGUGGCAGCGUUCAUUGGGACACCGUACCAAGGGGUACACAACGGCGCGCGGUGGAAUUUCCUGACGACGGCCGCGGCCAUCGUGAGGAACGUAUCGUACGUCCACGGAUGUAAUAUGUAG